GCAUCACAGUAGAUAUUGCAAAACUGAACUGAGUCAAUGGUGAAGGUCCCUAAAUUACAGCUUGAUGCGCGCGUAUAACAUUUGUAAAAGCAAUAACAACCUUUUUCUAUAGUUAUCGCUGAAAACUAUUUUAAACUCAUUAUUUAUUCAUCAUUUCUCUUAGAAAACUCUGCUUAAAUCGAAUGGAGAAGCCUCAACUGGAAGCUCGCGUCCAAUUGUUAGAACAACAAAAGCAGCAAUUGGAAAAGCAAUUACAAGAGGCAAUGUCAAAACUGAAGAAUCCAAACGCAAAGUACACAGUUCAAAGGCAUAUUGACUUGCUACACACCUACAACGAAAUCCGAGAUGUAGCUCUUGGAAUGAUUGGGAAAGUUGCUGAACAAGAAAAGUGUACAAGUGUAGAAUUGUUUCAACGAUUCGGUGUUGAUUCUUCUGAGUAAAGAUGGUCUUCUGGUUUGUGUAGAUGAACAUUCAUGUGUGAUAAUGAGCUAUUAUUUGAUGUCUUCCUUUUUUAAGUCGGAUACUAUUGUUUUCCUUUCUUUAGAAUAUUUAUUAAACACUUUCCAUGUCUUGCCGUAUGUUAUAGUAUUAUCCAAAUUACAUAUAUUGAACGAUCUAAGUACUGUUUGAAUCAUCAGAUGAGGAUAGAAGUUUACUCAUGUCUGAAACGUCUUGUGUAUUUGCGAUGGAUUCUAAUUUGAUCAAUUGAUGUGACCAAAAAUCCCGAUGUUGCUCAAUCGGACCAGCCAGUAUUUCGUAGCGCUUUUCGAGAUACAUUACUCUUUCGUCUACAUCGCGUGAAGGUAAAAUAGGUGAUGCCUGUGUAACGGAAUGAAGGGAAGUCUGGAGGCCAACCAAUUGAUCCAACAAAAAGUCUGUUGUUUCUGGUAAAGUAAUUCGUUGCUGUUUUGGGAUGUUGGAAAGUAAAGAAAUAGUCUCUAAUUGCUUUUUUAAUUGUUGCCGCCGUUCCUCACUCUUUCGUAACUGCAUCCUUAAAGAGUGACGAGUUUUGAGUUUCUCAGUGAGUAUAUGUGCAGCAUCUUCUAUUUCUUGAUCAAGGGAAGCAUCUUUUUCCAAAGUUACUGUGUAAUCUGCUGUUUGGCCUUCUAAACGAAGGUAACCCUUGAGUUCUGGAGGAUAAUGAAAGAUAUUUCUCAACACAUAGAUUUCAAAGCGAUCAUAGUAUCGAUCAACAACACUCUCAAAUAAAAUUUCAAAUUUGUGUAGUCCUUCU